CUUCCAAAUUCAUUUCCCAACUAACAUAAACAACUGUCCAGCUUCCAUCGCCCAAAGAAAAUCUCAGAAAUGACACUCACACAGCCACUCAAUCUCCCCCUUCUUGGCUCUGGCUCCUCCCUCUCCCACAAACCUAGACCCUCCCGCAUCAGAUUCAAGCCCCAAGCAUCUUCCUCACCGGCGUCCGUACAACCAAACCUCAACUUCUCCCAGUCUUCUCCAAAAAACAUUGGCGUCAUUAUCGUCGGAGCCGGCCUCGCCGGUCUCGCGGCGGCGACGCGUCUCGCCUGCGAGAACGUCUCCUUCCUCCUCCUCGAAGCCUCCGACGCCGUCGGCGGCCGCGUCCGGACCGACGUCGUCGACGGUUUCCUCCUCGACCGCGGAUUCCAGAUCUUCAUCACCGCUUAUCCUGAAGCCAGGAAGCUUCUCGAUUACCAAGCCUUAGACCUCCAGCGAUUCUACUCCGGCGCUAGGGUUUACUACGGUGGGGAAUUCCACACCGUCGCCGAUCCAAUCUGCCACUUCUUUGACUCCGUCCAGUCGCUGACCAACCCUAUCGGAUCCGUCCUCGACAAAUUGCUCAUCGCCUCGACGAGACUUCGCGUACUGAGCAAGCCAGACGAAGAAAUCCUGACAGCGAAUGAGGUUCCGACGAUCGAUCUUCUCAGAAGCGCCGGAUUUUCUGAUUCGAUCAUUUCGCGAUUCUUCCGACCGUUCUUCGGGGGGAUCUUCUUCGACAAGGAACUCGAGACGACUUCUCGAUUGUUCGAUUUUAUCUUCAAAUGCCUCGCUCUCGGCGACAACGCUAUUCCGGCUAAAGGAAUCGGCGCGAUUCCCGAGCAGUUGGAGGCGAAACUGCCGUCAGGUUCGAUCCUCUACAAUUCCAGAGCUGUCUCCAUCGAUUCCGAGGGGUUUGAUUCUCCGGCGGUGAUAUUACAAACCGGAGAGAUAUUACAAAGCGAGCUGGGAGUAAUCGUAGCCGUUGAUCAACCUGAAGCGGAUAAGCUUUUGGCGGAUAAAACACCGCCGGUUCAGAGGAAACCGGCUCGGAGCACGGUUUGUUUGUAUUUCUCGGCGGACCGGGAGAAAAUCCCGGUUCAGGAUCCGGUUCUGUUUCUGAACGGUUCGGGGGAGGGGAUCGUGAACAACAUGUUCUUCGCUACCAACGUGGCGAAAUCGUAUGGCCCACCGGGGAAGGCUCUUGUCUCCGUGUCGCUAAUCGGGAGGUUCGAGGGCGUCUCGGAUAAAGAUCUGACGGCUGAGGUUGUCCGGGAGAUUUCUCGUUGGUUUAAGGGAACGGACGUGGGGUCGUGGAAGCACUUGAGGACGUACAGGAUUGCAUUUGCUCAGCCCAAUCAGAGCCCGCCAACUAAUCUGAUGAAAGAUCCUCGUGUGGGUCCCGGUUUGUACCUCUGCGGUGACCAAUUAACGAGUGCCACGUUUGACGGCGCGUUGGUGUCCGGCACGAGAGCGGCGGAGGCUUUGCUCAGAGACGGCGCCGUCGUUCGAGCUUAAAAUAAAGAAAAGAGAGAGACUGACAAGAAAACCAAGAAA